UCCAUUCCAGCCAUUACAAUGAGCCCGCCCUCCUAUAGCUCCUCCCACCAGCCUCCUCUGGUAAAACAAUCUAUAAACCAAUCUGGCCUGUCUGGUUCUUGGUAGACACUGAGUCUGGUAAACACUGAGUGUACAAAAUAUAUAUUUUUCCGUGAUAUAGACUGACCAGGUGAAUCCAGGUGAUUCCUUAUUGAUGUCACUUGUUCAAUCCACUUCAGAGCCUCCAUCCGUCUCUACCAGGGAGACAGGUUAGCGGACUCUGACUAUGAGCCUUUUUCCAAACGCCUGACCCUGUUCAGAUGACAGACACAGCAGAGCAGCAUCACUCUGAUCGUAACACAGUCAAAGACUGGACACACUUAACAGCCUCAGAGUGGAGUACAGACCUGUCAGAGCUGAUCUAUUUCCCUGUGUAGGGAAAGUGGAGAUACUUAGAGACCAGACAUAAUGGGGAAGACAGACAUGUAGACAUGUAGCAGUGGACAGGGUAAGAGUUGGUGAGUUCAGUGCCAUCACUGUGACAGAGAACGUGUCAGGGGUCUUGGCCUGGGCAUCCCGUAGUUCUGUCAGCAGACAGAAACUCAGACAGUCUGACCUGGCGAUGUCCGGCGGAGGCUGUAGCGGGACGUCCUAUGCUCUGCUACAGACCGGAGGACAAAUAGGAAGGACAGGAGGAGUGGGCCUGGCUGCUAACAGACGGGGAUGAGCGUGUUGGCUCCCAAACAACCGCGUCCUGCAGAGCCCGAGUGUGUGCCGUCUAUAGAGAGAGAGAGAGAGAGAGAGAGAGAGAAUCCAGCGAGGAAACAGUCAUUCCUCAUGCAGGUACAGUACAGCUAUGUUGUUAAUCACACCGAUGGAAUCAUGACCCAGUUCCACUUUGUAAGGAUCUGGUUCAAAGCCGGAAGAUCAUUUCCUUUUUUUUUUUUUUUUUGCAAAGAAAUGACGGACUUUUUUGAAAUGACGGACUUUUACAGAUAAGGCUAUUUUUGACAUUGAUAACAUUUGUGGCCAGCGAGUCUGCUCAAAGGAAAGAUAUCGAAACAUACUCUCCAGGGAAGGUUUACUGGUGUCUAAAAUGUUUUGUUUUUUCCUUCGACUCCUGUCUUUACGAUUUCAUUACUGUCUUUUUUCAGCAUGGCCCCUCAGAGUAUUGGGUGUAUGUGGAGGUUGAGGAGAGGUGGGUCUCCUUUUACAAGUCCAGGGCUCUUACAUCUACACUUUCACUGACUUCUCUGAGAGAGAGAGAAGAUCUACCCCCUGGUUGAAGUGAAUGGAGAAGGCUUUGUGAUCCAGGAGCUGAGAUAAAGCCCGGGAUGGGCGCUGGGGAGGGCAGAAAUGAUCUGGGAACUGGAGGGCUACUGGGUUCACAAUCCUAAGACAUCUCCCUACUGUUGGGCAAGGCUUCCCAUCCAGGGGAGAUGCACUACAGCUUGACCCAUAGAAGACUUCUGUUGUUCGCUGUAACAUGUGGACAAAUGCAGUUGUGUUGUCAUUAUUCUAAAAGAUUAAGGUACAAAUGGACCCACAUUCGGGGACAGGAAGCUCAACCUGGGGAUGCUUUCUACUUGGUAAACCUCUCCAGCCAAUCACCAUCAUCAAUACAGAAAUUAAGUGCUACGGAAACAUUUAAACCAGCAGCAGGACAGUGGAAAUCGGCGGUCUUUAAACCUUUGAAAUUUGAAUUGAACAUAAUUCAUUCAUUUAAUAAAACAUAUGGAUGUAAAGUCUUGGGACUGGAUCUGAGUUUCACUCCAACGUCAGGCCUGUCAGAGGAAACUGUUGCCCAAUCCCAUAUCAGCGUAGGGGAUGGUUCUCACUCUGACCAGCAGAUGGAGACAAAACCUUAGGAACGGCACACGACUUCAGACCUUGAACAUUAGUACAUACUAAGACUGAUCGUCAUUGACGGAUACACCAGCUUGUGUGACUGCUGUAGUGCAUACAAGGUCAGAUCACCUAUUUGGCAGGAGAGGGAAAAAGAGUAUUCACAUGGGGUCAUUUAGUAACUCUCUACCUCCCCCUCUCUCUUCUCCCUCCCUCGCCUCCCCCUCUCCUAGUGAAGCAUUGGCACCAAUGAACCCAUUGAUGAACAGGCACAAGCCCCUCCAGCCAAGUCAAACAGCCUCCCGGUGCUUUAAUCAUGGCCUAAAAAGCCAACAACUUGGCCCACACUCUAACCCGAUCCCACCUUGCCGCUACGUCCUCCCCCGCAUCCCAACACUCCUACCCCCUUACCCACCCAUCCCACCACCACCCCUACCCCCUAUCCCCUGCACAGAUGCUGCAUUCAGAACCAAGUUCUGCUUCCCAUAAGCGCAACUUUCACUGGUUUCUCUGUGUCGUGUCCGUACACUCAGCGUUCUGGGACAGGAAAACAGUUAUCCAGACACACACGUACGAUACACAUACAACCCAGCUGAACUUCCUCCAUUUGCUCCCCGAUGGGCAAAACAUCUUAUCUCCUCUUCAUGGGACCAUUCUGGCCUUAUUGGUAUGAUGUCAUCAAAAAAUAUGCAUGCAGGCAGCUCUGGGUUUUCACAUAGGCUAGCCUACACUAUUCGAAAGGUUUUUGCUAUCGAUAUUAAAUGGUUAUUUGGCUGCCCCAACAGGGGAACACUUUAUAUAACCAUUUUUGGUUGCAGGUUGGACCCUUUCGGGUUCCAGGUAGAACCCUUUGAGAGAACUCCACUUUUCACGAGUGCCUCGUUAUGUGAAUUCAAAGGAUUCUAACCUGGCACCAAAAAGGGUCGUCUUAGCCGAAUGAACUCUUUCGGGAACCCUUUUUUUCCGAAGAGUGUACUGAAUACGACCUUUAUCCUGGGAAACGAGUGCUAUUAUUUAUUUGGCCUAUUUUGUUAACAUUGAUUAUUAUAAUGAGGUUAUACAUCCAUUUUCAAUCAUCAGGAGAUUAUUGUGAUGGCUAAACUACAACUUCAGGUUAGUCAAUUAUAGCUACUGAUUGUGGCGGUCAAGCAGCCGAGGUGAGAUACUGCGCAGCAUCACUGCGGUGAAGCGAACCAGAGAAGAGGUGGUAGCGCUCAACCUCAGGAUCCCUUUGCUUUUUGUCUGUCUGCCUAUUUAUCUGCGCAACAAAACUCUCAUCUCCGGGUAAACUGAUUGACAGACAGCGUGCGCGAGGAGGAGUCGCCAACAUCAUCAGCAUCAUUAUCAUCACAGCGGCCUCUGCAGCGAAGGCGGAGGAGAGAAGACAAGAGAAAGAAGAUACGUUUUCUGCCCUUUGUUUUGGUUUUAACCGCGGGGGAAAGCAGUAACUCGGAGAUGCACCUGCUAUUGUCCCUCGCGGUGCUGUGUCUCGGUGCGGCUGUGCCUCGACAGGUGAACGGGGAUGAAUGUGAACCUGUGUCAUGUGAGGGUGAUGCAGACUGUUUCACCCCACAGUCAGAGGAGGCGCUACUCCUAUCCACGCCAGACUGGGAGGAGCUGAUUACAGCAGGUCCGUGCCAGCCCAACCCAUGCCACCAUGGGGGUGUGUGUGAGACCACUAAUGCCCAACGAGGUGAUGCCUUCCUGGGGUACCACUGUCACUGCUCCCCUGGCUACUCUGGAGCCCACUGCCAACACAAUGUGAAUGAGUGUGAGAGUGGGCCGUGCAGGAACGGAGGUGUGUGUACAGACCGGGAGGCCAACUACACGUGUGUGUGUCCUGGAGAAUACACGGGCAGGACCUGCCAGCACAAGUGUUCAGGUCCUCUGGGCAUGGAGGGUGGUAUCAUCACCAAGGGGCAGCUGUCCUCCUCCUCUGCUCAGCGGGGCAUGUUUGGUUUGCAGCACUGGAGCCCUGACCUGGCCCGGCUCCACCGCCGGGGCAUGGUUAAUGCCUGGAGCCCUGCACUCAGCGACCGCUGGCCCUGGAUACAGGUGAACCUGCGGCAGCAGAUGCGUGUGACGGGGCUGAUUACCCAGGGUGCUCGGCGGCUAGGCAGCUCAGAGUAUGUGAAGUCCUAUAAGAUCGCCCACAGCGACGACGCUAGGACCUGGAGCAUGGUGAAAACCAGAGGAGACACACAGGACAUGAUAUUCCACGGUAACUCAGACAGCAGUUCUCUCAUGGCCAACACCUUCUCUUCACCAAUUGAAGCAAGGUACAUACGGGUUUACCCUCAGGUCUGCUGGGGCCAUUGUAUGCUGCGCAUGGAGCUGAUGGGCUGCGAGCUCACAGGCUGUUCAGAGCCUCUGGGUCUAAAGGGGGGUCAGGUGCAGGACUCCCAGCUGACCUCGUCCUCUGUGUACCGGACCCUGGGCAUGGGUCUGCUGGCCUGGACCCCGAACAGAGCCAGACUGGACAACCAGGCCAAGGUCAACGCAUGGACCGCAGCCACCAAUGACCAAAACCAGUGGAUACAGGUAGACCUGUUGGUUCCUACUAAGGUAACAGGUGUAGUGACUCAGGGAGCUAAGGACUUUGGCCGUGUCCAGUUUGUGCGCUCCUACAAACUAGCCUACAGCAACGAUGGACUGAGGUGGACGACAUACCAGGACGAAACACAACACAAGGACAAGGUGUUCCAGGGGAACGUUGAAAAUGACACCCACAGGAAGAACUCCGUCCAGCCGCCCAUAUAUGGUCGUUUCCUCCGCCUCAUCCCCUGGUCCUGGUACGGACGCAUCACACUGAGGAUGGAGCUACUGGGCUGCACAGAGGACGACUGACCAUCUCUCUCUCUCUCUCUCUCUCUCUCUCUGUCUCUUUCUCUCUCACCUAGCUCUCUCUUCUCCCUCCGCCUCUUUCUCUCUCACCUAGCUCUCUCUUUCCCCUCUCUCGCUCUUUCCCUGUCCUGCUUCUGUUUCUCUCCCCUUUCUCCAUCUCUCCAUCUCCCAUCUCUCUCACUCUUCUCCCUUCUUCCAUCUCGCUCUCUCACUUGACCUCUUCUCCACCACCCCACCCCCCCCCCUUUCUCUCUUGCUGGAAGUAGCAGUGUGGACAGUGGUCAUAAGAGACACCGGGAAAGAUGUGGGACGUAGAGGUCACAAUAGGUGACUGGUUUACCUUGUGUUAUUGAUUUAUUUCUUGGAUUAUAAGGUACUGUACUUCUGCUCUUCGAUGUUUUUGCUAUAUCGUUCUCCUGUGUGAUAGCAUUUCCAACAGUAGUGCCAAAACAAUACAGGGUUAACGUCUCCGUGACCUUUGACUGUUCCCUCCCACCGUUUCUGACGGCGAAACAGCCCUCUCCAAGCACAAAGCUCCCCUACAUAACGAUAACAGUUGAAAGGCGUUUUACAGACAUUGUAACAGGGAAGUUACCACGUUAUUCACACUACAUUGCGAGGAACAAGGUAUUUUAAUGCUGUUGAAGAGAUAGAAAAUGUCGCCCAAAGUGUGCUAUCUACUGUACAAUAACCUCUGAUGUGGUAUUCGUUGAUACUGGUUGAACACAGUAUUGAUGGUUGUAACAUCAUUCUUUAGCUGAUAUGGUGCAACAAGCCACUUUCUGUGUAGUAAAACAAGUGACAUAA